AUGAUAACCCAUACUGUAGCCUUGACAGUAAAAAAUUUUUAUCUUUGGAAGAGAGAUCUGAAAGGAACUAUAUGCGAGAUAUUAGUCCCAGUCAUUUUUGUUUUCUUUCUCUAUAUUUUCAAAGCUCUAUCAAACACUGAGUAAGUAAGUUAGAGAAGUUUUUUAAAUGAAUCUGUUUCUCUUACCCCAGGAUGGGAUUCUUCUCUCAUCAGUAAUGGAAUACAUAGUACUAUAAAAAAUUGCUAAGAUUCAAAUGUUGGUGGAAAAAUUGGGCUGGCUCCUUCAAUUCAAAUCACUUAGUAGCUUUCUCAAAUUCUUUUAAAUUACCCUGGAGUAGAAGUACAAUUUUUUGAUAACCCUGACCUAUUUAUAAAACAUAUUACAUCUUCCGAUUACCCUGUUAAGGAACCACCUUAGAUUUGCUUUGGAAUUCUUUUUUAUAGUUGGGAAAAUGGUGUAUAUAACUAUACUCUCUAAUAUAAUCUUACCUAAUCUUUUGAUGUUCCAAGAACAUAUAGGACCGAUUACAUAGAUUUUGAGUAAAAUGAUUAAUUUUUAAAAUACAUCAAUUCAGGAUUUACCAGAAUAGUGAAUUGGAUUGAUAAUAUCAUUCUUCAAUUAGAAAGUGGAAAUUCUAAUUUAAAAAUAUUUCCUUAAAUAACAAUCAUGCAGACAGAGUAGUUCUAAAAAUCUGACCUGUAUUCAUAUACAGGAAGUUUUAUGAAUUUAUUCAUUGUAAUACCUAUGAUAGUGCCUUUCUUAAGGUUAUCUUCACGAAUUCUGGAUGAAAAAGAGAAAAGAAUCAGAGAAGGAAUGAUGAUGAUGGGUCUCGGAAAAUUUGCCUUCUAUUCAAGCUGGUUCAUAAGCUAUCUAAUAAUCUAUGCAAUAAUAUCUUUUUUUGUUUGUCUGUUCCUCAAAAUCUACUUUUUUACUGUAGUUGAUAUGAGUGUUCUUUAUUCUAUACACUUUUCAUUUUGCAUAUGUCUCCUUGCAUAGAGUUUGUUUAUUACAGUCUUCUUUCAUAAAUAAAGAACAGGAAUUAUUGGAGCUACUUCAUUGUUCUUAAUUUAAUUUCUAUAUUCCUUCAGCUUAGGAGAUUAAGAAACAAUAUCAAACUCAGAUUAUUAGAGCUAAGCAAGAAUUGUUCAUAAUGCUAUCACAUAAGCUAUGAGAAUUUUAGUUAUACACUAAGCUAGAGAUGAAAAUGUUUCACUUGAUAUGUUUGGAGAAACUUGUAAUAGAUCUAUGCUCAUUUACUCAAUUAACUCAAGCUGGAUCAGUUUUAUCAUAUACCUCAUCUUAUUCUUAUAUCUAGACUAAGUUAUUGCCAAUGAAUUUGGUUAAAGAAAACACUCUCUAUUUUUUAUUGGAUGUGAGUUGAAAAAAGAAAAAUAAAUACCAGACAACAUUUAAAAUUAUAGAUUUUAAUAAGAAAAUCCCUUCAUUGAAAAUGUCGAUAUCUCUUUAAAAAAAUAAGAGACUGAAAACAGAACUAUUAAAAUUUAAUGCUUGACGAAAGUGUUCAAAACGGAAGGAGUUGAAAAAUGUGCUGUUAAUUAGAUUAAUUUAUAACUUUACAGUGGUUAAGUUUUCUCUUUUCUAGGGCAUAACGGCGCAGGAAAAUCUACAACGAUUUCUAUGCUAACUGGGAUGAUACCUCCAACCUAAGGAACAGCUUUAAUCAAAGGUCUUGAUAUAAGAGAGGAUAUGGAUAAAAUUAGAACAAUUUUAGGUGUUUGCCCAUAGCAUGAUAUAUUAUUUGAUUCUUUAACUGUUAAAGAACAUCUUUAUCUAUUUGCUACCUUAAAAGGUAUGAGUUAUUCUGAUAUACCUUAAACAGUAGAAAAAAUCAUUAAGGAUGUUGAUCUAGUAGAAAAGACAAACUCUUUAAGCAGCAGUUUAUCAGGAGGAUAAAAGAGAAAGCUCUCAGUUGCAAUAGCUUUUAUUGGUGAUAGUGAAGUUGUAUUACUAGAUGAGCCAACUAGUGGGAUGGAUGUUUAAGCCAGAAGACAUAUUUGGGAUAUGGUUAAGAAGUUUAAAUAAUAAAAAAUAAUUAUAUUGACCACCCAUUUUAUGGAUGAAGCAGAUUAUCUUGGAGACAGAAUAGGAAUUAUUUCAGAUGGCUAAAUUAAGUGUGUUGGAUCAAAUAUAUUUUUAAAAGAAAGAUUUGGAAAUGGAUACAAUUUCACUUUUGUAAAAGAGCAAAAUAACACUCCUUCUGAACCAAUAAUUCAAUUCAUAAAAUAUUUUAUCCCUGAAAGUAGUCUGAUUAGCGAUUACUCAGCUGAAGUAGCUUUUCAAAUUCCUUAAAAGUACAUUCCACAGUUCCCAAACUUAUUUGAUUAAAUUGAAAAGCAAAAAACUAACUUAAAAAUAAGAUCUUAUGGAGUCUCAAUAACAACCUUAGAGGAAGUAUUUUUGAAAGUUGCUAGUAUGAAUGAAAAUCAUGUAGCAUAACCCAAAAGACUAAAAACAAAAAAUAAUUUAGGAAUGUAUGAAGAUUCAGACUAGUAAAGUGAUUGCGAAAAAAUCACAGAUCCUUCAACUCUAUUUUUAACACAUUUUUGGGCUCUUAUCAAGAAAAGAAUUCACUAUUUUAGAAGAGAUAAAAAAGGACUAUGUUGCGAAUUGAUCCUUCCAAUUCUUUUAAUUGCAUUUGGAUUAUACAAAGCUUACAAAACUAACUUUUUUGACUGGUCAGCCAUUGAAUUAUGCCCAGACAUAUUUUUUGAUGAAAAUCCGAAAAUCUUUUAUGGAAGCAACUAACCAAUUUCUAGUUAUUAAAAUAUUAUAAAUAAUCUGCAAUAAUUUUCUGAUACAAGCUAUAACUAAAUAGGAAAUAUUAAUUCUAUCUAAGAAUUUGAUAACUAACUAUUUAAUAGAAAAACUACUGAAUCUAAAUUUGGAUAUUUCCUUUCAAAUAUGUAAGGAAAUAUAUUUUCAUACACUGCUUUUAUAAAUACAGUCAGUCUAGAUGGAAUUCCGAUGGCCAUAAACUUGCUAAAUAAUGCUAUUAUCAAAUCUAUCACAAACAAGCAAAUUUAAAUAAAUGUUACAAAUAAGCCACUUGCAACUACAUCAAGCACUAAAAACUUAGUUGGACUUACUUAAGGCAUAAAUGUAGCUUUAUUCUUUUCGAUGGGAAUAUCAUUUAUACCUGCAAGUAUUAUUUCUUAUAUUGUAAGAGAGAGAGCCGAACAUGUGAAGCAUUAGCAGAUAGUUAGUGGAGUUUCUCUUAAAGCUUAUUGGAUUUCUAAUUUUGUAAUUGAUUAUAUAAAAUACUUGAUUCCUACAGUUAUCAGCUGCUUUCUUGCAUUUGCGUUUUAAGUAACUUCUGUAACUGAUAAUGGAAAUUUUGGUUAUUUUCUUUUGCUUAUUUUCUUAUAUGGAUUGAGUUUACUUUCUUUAGUCUAUGUAUUUUCUUUUCUACACUCAGAUUAUGGCAAUGCUUAGGUGAUUUAAUUCUUCCUCCAUUUUAUGUUUGGAGGAGUUGGUGCUGUAAUUUUUGCUAUUUUGCGCUUUUACGAUUCAACUCAUAAUUUUGCUGUGAAAGUUUCUUGGGUUUUCAGAAUAUUCCCUAGUUUUUCUAUUUAUGAUGGAUUUACAAAUUUGACUGGAAGAAAGUUUACUUAAAUUCAAGAAAAUCUUAGCCAGCUACCUUCUCCAUCUGACUUAGAUAUAGUUGGUGGCGAUAUAUUAUUUUUGAUUAUUUCUUUCUUUUUAUUUAUGGCUAUUUUAGUUUUUCUUGAAAUGUAUAGAAACAGAAAAUCUGUUUUUAAUCGUAAUUUGGAGUAGAAAUAUCCUUAUGUAAGAACUUCAAAUAUCGAUUCUGAUGUAGAAGAUGAGAUGAAUUAAAUCCAAUAUAGCAAUCCUAGAAAUUAUACUGUUCUUGUCAAAAAUCUUCGUAAAGUUUUCCCACCAACAGGAGGUUCUUCUAAAGAAAAGCCUAAAAUCGCUGUAGAUAAUUUGAAUUUUGGUGUUAAAAGAGGUGAUAUAUUUUGUUUCUUAGGUGUGAACGGUGCUGGUAAAACAACUACUAUGCGUAUGCUUACUGGUGAAGAAACUAUCGGAUCAGGUGAAGCUUAUAUUUAAGGUUGUAAAAUUCCUGAGCAAAUUUCAGAAGCCCAAUAAUAUAUUGGCUACUGCCCUCAAUUUGACGCUUUAUUAGAUAAUUUAACUGCAAGAGAACACUUAGAGUUGUUUGCUGCAAUUAAAGGUAUUCCAUCAAAUGAGAGAGAAUAAGCAGUGAAUGAAAAAUUAGAUGAGCUAAAUCUUAGAAAGUUCGAGAAUGUUGUUUCAAGAACCUAUUCUGGUGGUAACAAGAGAAAAUUAAGUGUAGCUAUUGCUAUGCUUGGAAAUCCUCCUAUUGCAUUUCUAGAUGAACCUUCAACAGGUAUGGAUCCAGGGAAUCGUCGCUUUAUGUGGAAUGUAAUUAGCGAUAUAGCAACAAAUAGAAAGAAAACUUCAAUUAUUUUGACCACUCAUUCAAUGGAGGAAGCUGAGGCAUUAGGAACAAAAGUAGGUAUAGUGGUUGGUGGAAAUUUCAAAUGCAUGGGAAGUAUACAGCAUUUAAAGAGUAAGUUUGGCAAAGGGUAUGAAGUGUCUAUGAAAACCUAUAUACCAACGAUAUAAAUGUUAUCAUAACUUGUUAAUCAUGCUAACCUUAAUACAUUAAUAUUUAAAUAAAAUUUGCAAUAAACAUUAAGCUUCUUAAAUUGUAGCUAUUUUUAUAAUCAGAUAAGUGAAAAUGGAUUUGCUUCUUCUAUUUAUAACUAAUUGAACUCUAAAAAAUAAACUGGUAUAGAGCUUUCCCUCAUUGUUGAAGCUAUUUAUAAUUUUAAUGUCUAAAAGAAUAUAAAGUAAUUUUUUUAGAUAAACUUUGAAGGAUAUGAAGUACUUGAAAGUCUUAAUAAUUACAUAAAAUUGAGAGUAGAUUCUAAAUAGACUCUAGGCUAUUUAUUUGGAAUUAUGAACUUACACCAGCAUGAGCUUUAAGUAUCUUCAUACACUAUAUGCUAAACCUCACUAGAACAAAUCUUUAAUGAUAUUGCGAAUUCCUAAGAAGGUUAAAAUAAAGAUAAUUAACCUAUAAAUAUUUAUAAUAUGCAAAAUAAUCAAAUGUAAGAAAUGGAUGUUAUAAAUAAAUAAAACCAGAUACCAAUAGACUUAAAAAAUAUACAAAUUAGAUCCUAACAAUUUAAUAGGUAAAAUAAAUGA